UUUAGUUCUCCGCAGUGAGACGUGGCGACCCAAGCUUUUCCUUGAUAGUGAUCAUAUCACUACACUGAACUACUAACAGUGCAACUACAUAUAACGUGAAAACGAUCCUGCACGUUCAAUGUUGUUUUAAAACUGCGACAAUAUUUACAGUAAUUUAUGUACUAAAUUUCUUUACUAUAAAUUGUGUAAAUAGUACACAAGAUAAAACAAAAUGAGACAACAAAUAAUUGAUACGAAAAUCAGUUCUCAUACGUCUGGAGAAGCUGAUGAAUGUCUUUUUGAAUAUUUGCAUACAGAAAUGGUUAAUUAUGCACUCAGCAAAACAGUUAAUAAAAAGGAAAAGGAAGAAGAACUUUGUCGACUAGAAUGGAUGGGAUUCAGUGUUGGAUACAGAAUCAUUGAACGAUUGACACGAGAAUGGAGUCGAUUUAAAGAUGAGUUGGAUAUGAUCAAAUUUAUUUGUACUGAUUUUUGGACCAGUCUUUAUCAUAAACAAAUUGAUAAUUUAAGAACAAACCACCAUGGUGUAUAUGUAUUGCAAGACAACUCAUUUCGAUUAUUAGAUAAAGUCGGUACCAAUAGUAAUAAGCAGUAUCUUCAAGAAAGUCCACGUUUGUUAGCAUUUACUUGUGGACUUUUAAGAGGGAGUUUAGCAAAUCUUGGAAUUAUUAGUACUGUUAAUGCUGAAAUUUCCACAUUACCAAGUUGUAAAUUCCAUGUACAAGUGCAACAAAUGUAACUAUUAUUUUAAUUAUCUAUUAAUUAGUAUAUAUACAAUAAAAACUAGAAACAGAUUAGUAAACUCUUUUAUAAGCAAGAGAAACAGAAUAAAUGAUGCCCUUUGUACCUAAUGUAUCAUUGUAUAUUAUUUAAUAAUACACAAACAUAUAUAUGAGAUAUAACUUAUGGUAAUGUUAUAUGUAUAACUAUGUGUGAUCAGUAACAU